AUGGCCGCAACGAAUUUCGACGCGGCUGCGGCUGGCCUUGCGGCCGUCGCCCGGGCUUGCACAUUAAUUGCGGACGAUUUUGCAGAGGACGCCGGUUUCGAGCCGGUAGGGGAUCCAGACCUUGACAGUCUGGACCGUGAGAUCCUAGGAGACGACGAAGAGGGGAGCUGCGGCCUGGGGCUGGUCCCCGAAGUCAACGUUCAGAGGAAACACUAA